AUGUUUCCAGGCCUAAGGGCAGAAGUCAGUGAGAUACUGGCUGUGGACUUCACGAACUUGCAGGUGCUUCACGAGGCAUUGGAGCAACCUGGAGGCCUGGUGGCAUUGGCCGACUAUGUGGCGUCGAGAUUAGGGGAAGAGCAGGUUCUGGUCGCCCGGGACCUGAGAAUGUUCAAAGAGCACUCCAGUCGCGACAUGCAGAGAGAGCGGAGGAUGAUGUGCCAACGGAUAGUGAGGCCGCGGUUGGAGGAGCCGGAGGUGAAAGCGGCCGACCUCCAGGACACUUUUGAGGGCCUGCUGAAGAAAGAGGCACUGCCUGUCCGCCAGGUGAGAAAGACCCGGUUGAAUCAGAGCCUCACCCUGGAAGUAGGGAAUCCCUUACAGGUGGCCGAAGAAGAAAGGAUGAGAUGGGCGCAGACUCUCUCGGAGUACAUCGUGGUUGCGGAACUCCCCGUGGUAUCUAUGGUGCAGGAGUCAGAGGACCAGCAGAAAAGCUGGGGCAGAAUCUUUGGUAGCAGGCGCGCCAAGACAUUGAGAAACAGGGCAACAACAUGGAAGCGAUUUUACAUCUGGCUCCUCUUGAAUCGGGCACGCCACUGGCCCUCCAAAGUCGGAGAUGUGGUGGACUACCUAGAGGGGAGGAUAGAGGAUGGUUGCGGUCCAGCUGCACCGCAGGGACUAAUGGGGGCACUGGCCCUGUUAGAAACGGUGGGGCGCGUGGACGAGCUCAAGAAGCUUUCCAAGGACAGGACAUUGUUGGACUGUGUCAAGAACAUGCAGAUGGAGCUGCAGGUGGGGGCGCCGCCAAAGCGCCCUGCCAGGCCCCACUUGAUCGGUGCCAUAAUCAUCAUAAUCGGCUUGGAGCUGCUGGUCUGCACAGGCAGCUACUGCAACUACACCAGACUGAUUGGCUGGGUGAUGCUGCUCAUGUGCUGGAUGGUUCUACGAGCUGAUGACGUCCAGUGGAUAGACCCGGACCGAAUGCACUUGAAUGGUACCUGCUUGAGGAUGAUCUUGAGGAGGACCAAGACGACUGGGCCGGGAAGACGGGCAGUAGAGGUCCCAGCAUACAUCGCCAGGGACGCGUCCUUAUCAGGUGAAGACUGGCUGGGUGAAGGAUGGAACCUUUACCAUUCAGAGGCAUUCCAGAGUGUCAGGGACUACUUCUUGCCUGGCCCCAACAAAGACUGGUCAGGUGGAGCUAAGAAGUUCCUCAGCUUACAGAACCUGAACAGCUAUAUGAGGUAUGUGCUGUCGGUGAUCAAGAAGCCAAUCCGAGGGGGACGCAAUGCGAUGGCUUGGAUGGAAAGCGGAGAGCCUUUCAUCUCCGGUGAGAUCACCAACUUCUGGAGCGGGCACAGUGGAAGGCACUGGCUGCCUACCCACGCGGCAAACGUGGGCAUCCCCAAGGAACAGAGAGACUAUUUAGGCAGAUGGCAGGCGGGAGCUCAAGAAUCCAAUGCAUAUGUCUUGAGUGCCAAGCAGAUCGUGACUUCCAUACAGCGGGAUGUCAACAGAGCCAUCUGUGAAGGGCACGUUGGACUCACGGAAGGCGAGCUGAUCGAGGAGCUGAAGAGGUACGGCGAAGAUCGUGGAGUGCACCAGAGAGAUGGCCGAUGGUUUCAUGCGAUGCUGCGGCUGGCCAAUCACAGGUAUGGGCUGCGGACGGAAUACCCGACCUUGCAGGUGGAGCUGGAGGACGACGAGCUGGAAGAAGUAGUCGCCGGCUGGGGCCAGGCGGUGCCUUUGGGAGAAGAACCGGAAGCCACAGGAUCCAAAGAGGUACCCAGAGAGAAACCGUACUGGGUCUCAGUCUCCCGGAAAACUGGCUUCAAGAGGCUCCACAAGAAAAGCUGUGCCUGUGGGGUCCAGUAUUGGACCGUCUCGGUCUUCGAGGAACUCGAGUGCAUCCCCAAGACGGGGGUGGACGCCUGGUGCCGGGUGUGCUUCAAGACGGAACUGGAUGAGCAGGCAGGUGAAUGUCCUGCAGCCCGCGUAAGAGGACAGCAAUCCUUGCAAAAGGAGUCCUUGGAAAAGGACAGCAAUCCUUGCAAAAGGAUGGCCAGGGGUGGGCCCAAUCAUAAGGCCAAGGUUUACACUGACCCUUCCUUGCUUCUGCAGGUCUUGGGUCAGAAACCAGAGCUGGUAGCAGACCUUGGCCAGUAUGAAACAGUCAGCAGGGCAGGGGCAGUAGACCCAGCUGGCUUGGUCAAGGUUGCACCCCUUGUGAAAGGGUUGUUGGCUGUUUGCCCCUCAGCCUCUGUUGCUCCAGGACCUUUGAGGCAGGCUUUGCUGUCCAUGCUUACUUCAAUGCCAGAAGUUAACAAGACCAAAUGGAAUGGCAGUACCUGGAGCAACUUGAAGCAAGAUAGGUUGGCCACAAUCUUCUUCCACAUCAGAAAGCUUGCAAGGGACCAAGACCAAAUGAGGCUGUGUGCCAGCAAGCUGAAUGCAAGUUCCUUUCUGCAGUUGCAGGAGCUGGUAAAGAUGGUCAAGCUGCCUGAAGAAGACCAUCAGCCCUUGAAAAAGGGUGAAGAAACCCCCUUGCAAAAGGGUGAGUCCUUGAAAAAGGAUGAGGAUGCAGUUUCUCUGGACUCAUCAGGCAUUCCAAAGAUGUUUCUGACACCAGAGAAACAAGAAGAGAAGCAUCCAAAAGCCAGCUCUGCUUCCCAUGCCAAAUCAUUUAUGAUGAGAAGGGAAGGAUCCUUGCAAAAGGAAAAAGGAACUCAUGCCUUGCAAAAGGCAUUGGGGUAUGGCAGCAAGCCUUGCAAAAGGCCUGCAUCCCUUGAAACUAAAGUGGAAGGAACCCUUGCAAAAGGGAAAAGCCAACCCCAAGGGGUGACAAAGUCCCUUGGGAAAGGGAAGAAAGCCCUUGAAAAAGGGAAGAAAGCCCUUGAGAAAGGGAAGAAAGCCCUUGAGAAAGGGAAGAAAGCCCUUGAGAAAGGGAAGAAAGCCCUUGAGAAAGGGAAGAAAACCCUUGAGGAAGGGCACCAAGGGAUGAAAGAUGGCCCUUGGUAUAAUGUGAGGCAAGCCAGAAGAGCUGCCAAGCAAGCCAAGAGGGUGGUGAUGUCCACUGGCAAGCCCCUUGAAAAAGGGAAGGAAGCCCUUGCAAAAGGGAAACCCCUUGAGAAAGGGAACAAGAACAAAGCCCUUGCAAAAGGGACACCCCUUGAGAAAGGGAAAGCCCUUGCAAAAGGGCAAAAUGAAGCCAGGUUCCAGGAGCUGAAGGACAAGCUGACUAAGAGCCUCAAAAAGGGGAAGCUUGGUCCCAGGCUGGAAACUGGCACACCCCUUGAGAAAGGGACAGGGCAAUUCCUUGAAAAAGGAAAUGUUGCCAAAAAGGUGGCAGUUCUGGAGUCAAAGACUGCCACCAACAAGCAGGCAAAAUCCCUUGCAAAAGGGAAGGAGACUGCAGCCCUUGAAAAAGGGUCAGAAAAGAAGCAGUCUCCUGAAGCCCAAUCAGAACCUUUGGCUGUGUUGGUUGAUUGGCACCAUUGCCUGAAAAAUGGUCCCCAGGACACUGUGCUGGUCCAGGACCUCAUGGCCCUGCAGAAGCUCCUUGACAAAGGAGUGGAGGUGCAUGUGCUCUCCUUCUGUGGGGCCAAGCAGGUCCCCAAAGUUGAAAAGGAAAUCUGGGACAAGCUCCCAGAUCUCAUUGACCAACUUCACUGGUGGGGAACCUGCACCAGUCGCACUGGGGUGGGGGGCAAGGCAGAGUAUGCCACAGAGUGGGGCUGCCAGGUGGCCUUUGAUGAUUCAAAGGACAUCUUGCAAGAGCUGGGCUCAUGGGGUGUCAAAACCUAUGGCAUCCAGACACCCAGAGAGAGCCAUGCAUGGAUGCCAGAAAACUCCAGGUUUGCAUCCUUUGCAGAUGCAGUGAAGCAGUUCAUCAGAGAUUACAAUCUUUGA